AUGGAGCUGACUCGCUUCCUCCUCACGGCUUUGGCCUUGAAUAGCCUGAAUGUAUUGUCUACGGCCCAGAAAUGGACCUAUGAUCUUCCACCAGAAGAAGAGGCAGCUCUGAGUACGGUCGUUGAAGAUGAUCACAACGACAUCGUCAGGCUCAUGAAGAGCGACGAAAGUCCAGAGUACUCUCUCAUCUAUCGGAACGCUCUACCAAUUCCUCCUGUUAAGAAACCCAUGAAGAUCUUCAAGAACCCCGUGACUGGUAAAGACAUCUGGUACUACGAGAUGGAAAUCAAAUCCUUUACAAAAUCUGUGUACCCGAAUCUUCGACCAGCCACUCUCACAGGUUAUGAUGGUAUUUCCCCCGGGCCUACCAUCAUGAUCCCGAGGGGGACUGAGUCCAUCGUCCGAUUCAUCAACAAUGCCGCUCAUGAAAACUCCGUUCACCUGCACGGCUCCUAUUCUCGAUCCGCUUUCGACGGAUGGGCCGAGGACAUCACACAGCCAGGAGAGUACAAGGACUACUACUAUCCUAAUGCACAGUCUGCUCGACUUCAAUGGUAUCAUGACCACGCCAUGCAUCUGACUGCCGAGAACGCUUAUAUGGGCCAAGCUGGCGCCUACAUCCUGACGGAUUCUGCCGAAGACGCGCUGGGGCUCCCCUCAGGGUAUGGUAUUUACGAUAUCCCCCUCAUUCUGAGCUCGAAGCAAUAUAAUCAAGACGGUUCGCUGUUCUCUACUGCUGGGGAGAAGGACAGCCUUUGGGGAGACGUUAUUGAAGUGAACGGUCAGCCGUGGCCAUUCCUAAACGUUGAGCCACGCAAAUAUCGGUUCCGAUUCCUGAAUGCUGCCAUUUCGCGAUCAUUUGCCUUGUACUUCGUCAAGCAGAAUGCUCUUAAUGCCCGGCUCCCUUUCCAAGUUGUUGCGUCGGAUGGUGGACUUUUGAGCGAACCAGUUCAGGUUUCAGAUAUCUACGUCUCAAUGGCCGAGCGUUAUGAGAUUGUCUUCGAUUUCUCUCAGUACAAAGGCCAAACACUCGAGCUUCGAAACCUCGAAAAGGUCGGAGGUAUCGGCACUGAUGACGACUAUGAGAACACUGACAAGGUUAUGCGUUUGGUGGUAAGCUCCGACGCGGUUAACGACGACUCAACUGUGCCUUCGAAACUUCGAGAUAUCCCCUUCUCCAAACCGGACACAAUCAGUGUCAAUCAUCAUUUCCGCUUCCAUCGGACCAAUGGCGAGUGGCGAAUCAAUGGCGUUGGGUUUGCCGAUGCGGCCAAUCGCGUCCUCGCCAAAGUUCCCCGUGGAACUGUCGAGAUCUGGGAGCUCGAGAACAGUUCUGGCGGCUGGACUCACCCCAUUCACGUUCAUCUCGUCGACUUCCUUGUUCUUGAACGUGACGGUCGACGAGGAACCAUGCCGUAUGAGAGCGCCGGCCUCAAGGAUGUGGUAUGGCUUGGCAAGGGGGAAACUGUCCGCGUUGCUGCCAUCUAUGCUCCGUUUGACGGCGUCUACAUGUUCCACUGCCACAAUCUGAUCCAUGAAGAUAGUGACAUGAUGGCCGCCUUCAACGUUACUUCGCUGGAAGACUUUGGGUACAAUGAUCCGCAGUUCUUAGACCCCAUGGAAAAGAAAUGGAGGGCAAAGCCCUUUGGUCGCACGGAUCUUAAUGACAGGACGGGACCUUUCUCUGAUGAUGCCAUUGCAGAGAGGGUGGAGAGCAUGGCGCGGGCGAAUCCUUAUGGAGAUGUUGAUGCAGUGGAUGAUGCUCUAAAAGACUACUGGGCGAACAAGAACGCAGUCAAGCGAGAUGCGAAGUCUGGAGCUAUUCCUCGGUACCGUCGCUUGCAGGCCAAGAGUCAGAUUUAA